CAGCGAGGGAAGAGGCGGAUUCUCUCCUACUACCGGAAGACGUCCGCUUUUUUGAUUGGCUACUCAAGACGUCCGUUAGGACGUGUUGCCUUUUCCGAGUGCACUCUGAGCGUGGGCGCCCCUGUGGGGGUGUGUGCAGGGGUUUCUAGACCCGGCACCAAUACCCCAACCCCUUUCCAUCAGGGGUUCGGCUUAGGGUCGCCCCUGGUGGGCGGCUCUCGAAUCUUGAGGAGGAGCUCGAGAGCCCGGACCCCCCCAGGGCUGCGCAGGUCCUCUGGGGAGGCAGGAAGAUGGCGGCAUCGGUCUCCGCGACUUCUGGUUCUCAGAUCUCGAACAUCUUAGUCGAACCCUCAAGGUCUAAUGGAAGUAUGGUUCGCCAUUCCUCAUCUCCAUAUGUAGUAUAUCCACCUGAUAAGCCUUUCCUUAAUAGUGAUCUACGACGCUCCCCAAAUAAGCCUACAUUUGCCUAUCCGGAAAGUAACAGCAGAGCUAUAUUUUCUGCUCUGAAGAAUCUUCAAGAUAAGAUUCGACGCUUAGAACUUGAAAGGAUUCAGGCAGAAGAAAGUGUGAAAACCUUGUCUAGAGAAACAAUUGAAUAUAAGAAAGUAUUGGAUGAACAGAUACAAGAAAGAGAGAAUUCAAAGAAUGAGGAGUCAAAGCACAAUCAAGAACUGACCUCUCAGUUGUUAGCUGCAGAAAGUAAGUGUAAUCUUUUAGAAAAACAGUUGGAAUACAUGCGCAAUAUGAUAAAGCAUGCAGAAAUGGAAAGGACAUCUGUCUUAGAAAAACAGGUUUCCCUCGAAAGAGAACGACAACAUGAUCAAACACAUGUGCAGAGCCAGCUUGAAAAGUUGGAUCUUCUGGAACAGGAGUAUAACAAACUUACCACAAUGCAGGCUCUGGCAGAAAAAAAAAUGCAAGAGUUGGAAGCAAAACUCCAUGAAGAAGAACAGGAAAGGAAACGUAUGCAAGCUAAGGCAGCCCAGUUGCAGACUGGUCUAGAAACAAAUAGAAUUAUCUUUGAAGAUAAGACAACUCCAUGUGUUCCCAAUGCAAGAAGAGUUAAAAAAAAGAAGUCAAAACCACCAGAAAAGAAAGGUUCUAGGAACUAUUUUGCUGCACAACCACAUUAUAGAUUAUGCUUGGGGGAUAUGCCUUUUGUAGCUGGAAAGUCCACCAGUCCUAGCCAUGCUGUGGUAGCCAAUGUUCAGCAUGUCUUGCAUCUAAUGAAGCAACACAGUAAAGCCCUGUGCAAUGAUCGAGUGGUCAACAAUGUUCCUUUGACAAAGCAAGGUUCUUCACGAAGUGGUAAAAGUAAGAAGUUGUCAGUAACGCCUUCCUCCUCCAACAGCAUUAAUGAAGAGUUAUCAGAAGUCUUACAGACUUUACAAGAUGAAUUUGGGCAAAUGAGCUUUGAUCACCAGCAGCUUGCGAAACUUAUCCAAGAAUCCCCAACUGUUGAACUGAAAGACAACUUAGAGUGUGAACUAGAGGCGUUGGUGGGGAGGAUGGAGGCCAAAGCCAACCAAAUAACUAAAGUUCGAAAAUACCAAGCCCAGCUGGAGAAACAGAAGGUAGAGAAGCCGAGGAGGGACUUGCGAACCACCAGAAAGACUCUUGAUGAAGAAGGGAACAGCAGCAGUCGUUCUUCUGGAAUCACAGGGACCACAAACAAGAAGGACAUUGCCAAACCGAGACCUGGUGAAAAAAGCAGGAAAAAUCUUCAGUUAUUGAAGGACAUGCAAACCAUACAGAGUUCAUUACAAAGCAAUAGUUUAUGUUGGGAUUACUGACUGGUACCAGGUUAUAAAUUUUAUUCAGAUAAUCUGUACCUCAUCAAUCAGAUUUUGACAAUUUACUCUCCAGGUCUCAUACUCUCUUAUGUUGGAAUUAAUGAAUAGCCGGUGUUAAGGGGCCCAAGCUUCACUACACAGGCUUCUUGUGU